AUGCCCAGGAAUUUAUUUACGCUCCUUUUCGGAGCUACGCUGUUAGUCGUCCUAAUAAUGAUGGCUCAAGCUCAACCCGAUCCAGAAGUACAAACCAUAAGUCCAACACCACCUACUAGGAGACCAACGCCACCUACCCGGCGACCACCCACUCGGCGACCAACACCACCUACAAGGAGACCAACUCCACCUACUCGGCGACCAACGCCGCCCACUCGGCGACCAACUCCACCCACUCGGCGACCAACUCCACCUACUCGGCGACCAACGCCGCCCACUCGGCGACCAACACCACCUACAAGGCGUCCAACACCCCCUACUCGGCGACCAACUCCACCCACUAGGCGACCAACACCACCCACUAGGAGACCAACACGACCUACUAGGCGUCCAACACCUCCCACCAGGCGCCCAACCCCCCGACCAACACCAUCCACGACGCCUGCAUAA